AUGGACUUCGCUCGCCGGAAAGCGGCGGCGCUGGCCGCGCUCUCCUCGCCGGCGCCGGACAAGUCACCGAAAGGCGGCGUAGACGCCCCCAUCGCCCCGCUCCUCGACGCGCUGAACUCCCACGCGGAUCUCUUCACCACGUCCUCCUGCUCCGGCCGCAUCUCAGUUCUCGCGCAGCCCUCGCCGCAGUCCCAAGCGGCCGACCCCAAGCCCAAGAAGAAGGCCCGGGGCGGCGGGUGGUUGUACAUCUCGCACGACCCCGCUGACCCGGACGCAGUUGUGGAGCUCCUGUUCGGUGGGACUGGAUGCGGAGAGAGGGGUGGAGGGGACGAGCUCGUGUUCAGGUUCGAGCCGAUGAUCGUGGCGGUGGAGUGCAGGGAUGCUGCGGCAGCCGCGGCGCUCGUGGCCGCUGCAAUCGGGGCGGGGUUCCGGGAGUCAGGUAUCACAAGCUUGCAAAGACGGGCAAUGGUAGCAAUAAGAUGUUCAAUUCGCAUGGAGGUGCCUCUUGGUCUGACAAAUGAACUUGUUGUUUCUCCUGAGUACAUCCGGUACCUUGUUAGAAUUGCCAACUGUAAGAUGGAGGCAAACAAGAAACGAAUGGAUGGCUUUCUAGACGUUUUGCAGUCAAAGGUCGAUGCAGACUACACUCAACCAGGUCUGCCAGGUAUAUCUAGGUUGCAAGUUCAUACCAAAAAAGACGAUCGAUCUUUGGGCUCUGAAGUUCAGGCGUCACUCAAUCAGAGUGUACAAACACAUGAUGAACUGUUAGUUACGGAAAAGAGACGUGGCAGCUAUAAUUGUGACGCUGGUACCAAAGGUGAUUGUGAAAUUGGUGAGAAUUCAAUAGAAGGGUCAUAUUAUGAAAAUCGAGAUGCUGUACGCAACAACAUUGCGAAGCAUGGUUUUGGUAAUGCUGAACGAUUAAUGCAUGAGGGAAGACUAUCAGCAUCAUCGGGAAAUAGAAGUUCCCAUCUUUCUAUUACUGAGUUGAAGAUCAGUGGUGAACCAGUUGAGAAGCUCUUCUUAUGGGGCCAAUCUGCUUGUGCGUUUACUGUUGGAGGAGAGCAGCAGGUCCUAACUUUCGGUGGUUUUGGAGGACCAGGAAGACAUUCAAGAAGGAAUUAUUCCCUUCUGCUUGAUCCCACAUCUGGUUUGUUGAAGGAAAUAAACGUUAAAGGUUCACCUUCACCACGGAUGGGUCAUACAACUACUGCAGUAGGCAACCAUAUUUAUGCUGUUGGAGGUAGGGCUGGUCCUUCAGAAAUUCUUGAUGAUGUCUGGGUUUUGCAAAGCACAGAAAAUAGAUGGUCAAGAGUAGAGUGCAGUGGGGAUAUUUUCCAUCCAAGGCACCGACAUGCUGCUGCAGCAGCAGCUUUGAAAAUAUAUGUAUUUGGUGGACUCAGUAAUGAAGGCAUAUAUUCUUGUCUGAAUAUAUUGGACACAGAAAGCAUGCGAUGGAAUGUGAUUUCUGCUGCUGGUGAAUGGCCAUGUGCUCGACAUUCACAUUCUCUGGUGUCUUAUGGGUCAACACUGUUCAUGUUUGGGGGUCAUGAUGGUCAGCGGGCACUGAAUGAUUUUUAUAGUUUUGAUACAACAACACUUAGUUGGAACAAAGAAAUCACUAGCGGAAGAACUCCCUCUCCUAGAUUUUCACAUUGCAUGUUCAUCUAUAAACACUAUAUUGGGAUACUUGGUGGUUGCCCAAUCAGAGAAAACAACCAAGAAAUAGCAUUGCUACACUUAAAGCAUAGAGUCUGGUUCCAUGUCUCCAUUCCAGCUCUAGGUCAAUGCCUUUGUGUGCGUAGCUCAUCUGUUGUCACCGAUGAUGAUCUUGUUGUUAUUGGCGGUGGUGCAUCUUGCUAUGCAUUUGGAACAAAAUUUUGUCAACCAGUAAAAAUUGAUCUUCAUUUGCUGGAGUCAGUAUUUGAACUUGCUUACAAGAAGAACGACAAUGCCGUACAGAGUUGGGAUGCAACAUAUACAAUGGAUUUACAAGAACGUGAGCAAAAUGGCACCUUUAUUAGUCAUAACGUGAAGUCAAUGGUUGAUGCUGCCACUAAUGGUAUUGCUGGUUCAGAUCCUCUGGUUUUCCAAUUGGAAAAGAAAUAUGCCAAAUUAGCGAAGGAUAUUCUAAAAAAGUUUGGAUGGUUGGACCUUGCUAGAAAAGUUCAAGUGAGCCAGGAUAAUGUCCUUGUUCUUUUUCCUGUUAGUAGAAACUUCCACACCUUACUCACUGAUCAACAUUCCAAGCUGCUAGAUGAUGAUUCAUGUAUCUCUAAAGGACUACUUGGAUGUCCGGAAAAGAAGCUUAUCGGUGCUAGCAUUGCUCUUCAUGAAGCAUUGGAAAUAUUAUCAUCGUUUCAUGGUUCUUUUUUGAAAGAUGAACUAGCUCUCAGCCGAAAAGCUUAUAAAUCUCCUCAAAUCAUCAUGAGAGAACUUAUAUCUUCUCUACUGGAAAGAAAAGGAAUGCCCUCUCGGUUGUUAGAGCAGCUGCCAACUAGGUGGGAAACCUUAGGUGAUAUCACCGUGCUUCCAAAGACUUGUUUUAAGGACCUGCUGUGGGAAUCAGUUAGAGAAGAACUUUGGCAACUAGUUGCCAAGUCGCUUGGGGCGCAACGUCUUGCACGCCAAGGGAAAAUCAUGCCAAAUGGCACAAGAGAUAGUACAUUAGAACUUCUUGUGGGUGAUAAUGGGUGGGUAACCCAUAAUGAAAAUGGCAUCUCUUAUUCACUCGAUGCAACAAAAUGCAUGUUUUCUUCUGGUAAUCGCUCUGAGAAGCUUCGAAUGGGACAGCUUGAUUGUAGAGAUGAAGUGGUUGUGGACUUGUUUUCCGGAAUUGGAUACUUUGUGCUCCCAUUUCUUGUGAAGGCUAAUGCGAAGUUGGUUUAUGCAUGUGAAUGGAAUCCACAUGCUCUGGAGGCUCUUCAGCGGAAUGUAAUGGACAACCAUGUAGCAGAUCGAUGCGUUAUACUUGAAGGAGAUAACCGUUUGACAGCACCAAAAGGGGUUGCUGAUCGUGUUUGUCUUGGGCUGAUACCCUGCAGUGAAUGUAGCUGGGCUACUGCUGUUAGGGCUUUGAGGGCUGGCGGAGGCGUAUUACAUAUACAUGGGAACGUCAACGACUCAGACGAGGCGCGCUGGUUGGACAAUGUUGUCGAAUCUAUCAGUAGCAUUGCGACAGCUCAUGGACUGUCUUGGAAAGUCUCUCUGGAGCAUGUCGAACGAGUCAAAUGGUAUGGGCCGCACAUUCGACAUGUUGUAGCUGAUGUCAGAUGCGGGUCAAACUGA